AAACCUAUCAAAACAAAUUUUUCAGUGUCAAAAUGCAAUGACUUGUAUAAAAUAGUUUUGUUUAAAUUGUAAACACUUACAAACAGUGUACACAAAGAAAAGGUUUCUCAAAAGGCGAUAAUUGUAUUGAAACAUGGAUUAUUUUCAAGAGAUGGGAUGGAAUGAAUUGGCAGAUGGCGAGCAACCGGAUCACAUACUUCAUAUCGCAAGGUUCCUUAUGGAUUAUGGUUUUGAUAAUGAUAAUCCGAACAUGCAAUGGCCCAGCCUACCACCACCUGCAUCGAAGGAAGUUGUCAAUAAUUUGCCAGAAAUCACAAUUGAUACUGAGGAAAAGAACUGUCCUAUAUGUCUUAAAGAGUUUAAAAUAAAUGAAAAGGCAAAGAAACUUCCUUGUGAACAUUUCUUUCAUCCUACAUGUAUACUAACUUGGUUGAAUAAGACAAAUUCAUGUCCAUUCUGCCGAUUAGAACUUAAAACUGAUGAUGAAGCUUAUGAAAAUUUCAAAAAAGAAAAGAAGCGAGCUCAAGAAAGGGUUGAAGAUCUUGAGACUUUGCACAAUUCAAUGUUUUGUUGAUUCUUAAAGCAUUCCAUUUCUUUCUUCAUCCUUAAACUGACACUGUCAGAGUUAAAUGGUUACUAGAGGAGACACCUAAAGUAGAUUUGGUAUGAAAUAUCUACCUUUGGGACUGCUUAAGUAAACAUUAUAUGACAGUUAAUUUGUUUAUUUAUGCACUACCUUCACCAUAUAUCUUAUAAACUGGAU